GGCGCGAUAGAUGAGCACAAGCCACUAAUACUUGCCAUGUUGAGUCAGCUGAAAUUAGGAAUGGACCUGACAAAAGUUGUCCUCCCAACGUUCAUACUUGAGAGGAGGUCCUUACUGGAGAUGUUUGCGGACUGCAUGGCACAUCCAGCCCUCUUCAUCAAGAUUGCAGAUGAACCGUCAGCUGAGUUGCGCAUGUUGACUGCUGUUGAAUGGUACCUCACUUCAUUCCAUGCUGCCAGACAGGGUUCCAUAGCAAAGAAACCAUUCAACCCGAUUCUCGGCGAGACUUUUCACUGUCUUUGGUCCGUUGCCAAUGACUUCAGCGAAAAAGACCACAAAAAACAACAACAUCAACAAAUUUAUAGUAAUAAUAGUGGUGCUAAUAAUGGUAUUAACAGUGGUAGUAGUAGUAGUGGUGGUGGUGGUGGUGGUGGUGGUGGUUGUGGUGGUAACAGUAGUAGCUGUAGUAAGCCAAUCAAACUAUUCUAUUGCGCCGAACAAGUUUCUCAUCACCCACCUAUAUCAGCAUUCUACUUCGAGUGUCCAGACAAGGGCAUAAGCAUGGAGGCCUCGAUUUGGACCAGGUCAAAGUUCAUGGGCAUGUCAGUCGGGGUCAUGAUGAUCGGCAAGAGUCAAUUAAAGCUGCAUAAGAACAACGAUGAGGAAUAUGAGUUCAGUCUGCCAAGCGUCUAUGGAAGGAGCAUCUUAACUACGCCAUGGGUAGAACUUGGAGAUAAGGUGAACAUAACAUGCGAGAGAACAAAGUACACAGCUGGCAUCGUCUUCCACACAAAACCGUUCUACGGCGGCAAACUGCACAAGAUAACAGCUGAGGUUAAAAAUCCAGCCGGCGAGUUCAUCUGCCACGUGACCGGCGAAUGGAAUGGCGUCAUGGAAUUCAAUUAUGCUAAUGGCCAAACGAAAUUGAUAGACACUGGCAAACUGGAGAUCAAGCACAAAUGCGUUCGCAAAGUUUCGGACCAGGACGACAAUGAAUCUAGGAGACUGUGGUCGAAAGUUAUUGGCUGCCUAAAAUCUGGAGACAUGAAUGGGGCCACUGAAUUCAAACAUUCGUUGGAAGAAGAGCAGAGAAGGUUGGAAAAGAUGAGGAAGGAGCAGAACAUUCCCAUACAACUAAAAGUAAACUUUCUAUUUAUCAAUUCAUUUAUUUUAUUUAUUUAUUUUCAUUUAUUUCAUUUUUCAAAAGUGAAUUUCCAUUCUAAUCAAAAUUUUUUCUUUCAAAAUUGA